GGCUCUACUUUGACAACUCGCAACCUUAUACUUCUCACCGCGUCUCACCACAUCUUACCAACAUGUCUUCUCCUCGAGUUGCGGUCGUCACAGGUGCCGGGUCCGGCUUCGGCGCUGGAAUCGCGCGGCGGUUCGCCAAGGACGGUGUUGCGGUCGUCGUCGCUGAUGUUGCCGAGGAGGGCGGCAACAAGGUCGCGCAGGGCAUCAUCUCAAGCGGCGGCCAGGCCAUCUUUGUCAAGUGCGAUGUGACGCAGCGCGAAGCGUGGGAGCAUCUGCUCGCCGCGACGAGGGCAGCUUUCGGCGGUGUCAACUUCGUUAUCAACAACGCCGGCGCAACGUACGCGUCCAAGCCUGUACUUGAGACGACGGAAGACGACUUUGACAAGGUCACCGCCGUGAACCUCAAGUCCAUCUUCCACGCUGUGCACGUCAUGGUCCCCGCGCUUCUGGAGACGCGCAAGGCGGGCGGCCCCGCUGCCGUCGUCAACGUAGCCUCGACUGCCGGGAUCAUGGGCCGCCCCGGCCUCACAUGGUACUGCGGGAGCAAGGCUGCGGCUAUCAGUGUGACCAAGAACCUCGCGAUCGAGUUUGGGCCGAACCAAAUUCGCUUCAACGCCAUCUGCCCCGUGUUUGGAAACACGGGUCUCAAGCACAUGUUUGUGGGACAGGCGAGCGAGGAGCAGAUCCUCAAGACGAUUCCGCUCGGUCGCGCUUCGGAGCCCGAGGACAUUGCGAACAGCACUGUCUUCCUGUGCUCGGACGAGGCGGCUUUCCUGACGGGUGUCGCCCUACCUGUGGAUGGCGGGCGGUUGGCCUAGACUAGCGGAGUGGCGAGUGGAGGAGCAAAAGCAAAGCUGUCUCCGUGGACGACGGGUGGAUAGAGUUCAGCAGAGUGGCGGAUGCAUGUCGGCGAAA